AUAAGAAGAAUAGGUAUGUAUAUAGGCUCGCUACAAACAACAACGGCGCAGUUUACGCGAGGAUAUCACAAAUAGCACCUGAACUCACAAUGGCUUCGAAGAUUGUGUUGGCGUUGUUCCUCCUAGUAUCUUAUGUAGCUUCAAUCUCAGCGCUGGAUUGCUUCGAUUGUACUAACAAAUACGAUUCUGACUGCACAUCGGGCCAGUCGCAGAACUACGAGACAUGCGCCGACUUAUCCGCAUAUAAUGCGACAGCGUGGUGUAUUUCCGUCUCGUUAGCUGACCCUUGGGUUCAACCAUUGGAAGUAAUAACCAACAGAAGUUGCUAUUGGAUGAAGAAAGAGGACGGCGACGAUAUCUGCAAAGAUUUGGAAAAAUCAUACGUAAAUGUUACUCAGUGUAAAUACUGCAAUACUGACAAAUGCAACAAUUCACCAAUCGUUUGAACAAGUGGAUCGCUACGCAUUUUGAUAUAUUUCCCAUUAAUACAUUUAUCAUUACUUUAUAAAUCCCGUCAUGUAUACCUAUUCCUAAAUCUACAUUAGAAUACGGUUCACAAGUUUGACACCCCACCGUACAUUUUGAAGAUUUGUUUUGAUCGUCUAGCUAUCAAUUAACAAAUAACUUUUCACACAUCAGUUAUGUUGUAAAUAAACUCUGCCAGAAGACAAGUCAAU